CUACGACACUGAACACUAAAUAAAUCUGAAUAUGUUCAGAAUGUGUGAAUGGUUAUGCCUAUUGUACACUAUUUGAUGGCAACCUAAUGACCAAACAAGCAGAUAAACAUAUUUUUAUGUAGGACCAAGCUACUGUGUUAAUUUUUUCAGAUUGUAAAACUUGUUUAUAUUUCUGCCUCAUUGGCUGUGGCGAUUAUGUCUUGUGUAGCUUUUGGCUGCGUUAGUCGCUCAUCAAGAAAGUCAAAGAAGCAAACUGAAAAAGAAAAAGUGAAUAAAAUCACUUUUCACAUGUUUCCCAGAGAUCCUGUAAGGCGUAGGCAGUGGAUAAAAGCUGUAUGUAGAAGAAAUUGGACACCAACGUCUUCUAGUUUAUUGUGCUCACAGCAUUUUUCCGAAGAUUGCUUUGAUAAAACAUCUCUUUGCGUUGUGAGAUUGAGGGACCAUGCUGUACCAUCAAUUUUUCCUGGUUUUCCAGCUCAUCUGCAGAAGAUAGUCAGUAGUUCUGCUGCAGACACAGAUGCCUGGCUGGACCCUCAAGUUAUCAAAGAUGAGUUUCGUUUUGAAGAAAGCGGCUGUGUAACGAGUGAGUUUGCACCUGGGGAUACCAUUUCAGAAAAUACUUCGUCGAUGACUUACUUGGUGUGCCAAGUUUGCAACAUGGUUCUAGCAAGUUGCAAGUGCUUCAAAUUGCUUGAAGCAUCUGACAAACAUGAAGAUGAAGUCACUUCAGUUAUGAGAAGACAAAGGCUGCGGGAGGGUUCUUCAACAUCUCGAAAAUGCAACCACAAGUGCGACAGAUGUGGAAAAUCAUUUGCGGCAGAAGGUGACCUUACGAAGCACAUGGAAACUCAUAAAAAGGAGCGUUCCUUAAGAUGUGAACUGUGUGGUAAAACAUUUAUUAAUAAAAGUGACUUUCUCCUGCACGUCGGAACUCAUACAGUAGAGGAUCCCUUCAAUUGCAAUGUGUGCGGUAAAUCAUUUGAACGUAGAAAAACACUUGUUGAACACAAUGAAAUGCACAGAGGUGAGCAUCUCUUUCAGUGUGAACUAUGCAGUAAAUCGUUCAACCAGAAAAUUCAGCUUGUUGUGCACAUAAGAACUCAUACAGGAAGCAUCACUUAAGUUGCAGUGUGUGAUAAAUCGUUUACAAGCAGAAAUAUACUUGAUACACACAUUCAGACUCACACAUGAGAAAAUCACCAUUGCUACAAAGUGUGUAUUUAAUUAUUUACAAGUAGGGAUAAGCUUGUUUUGUCCAAUACAAUUCAUACAGGGGGACAAUUCUUUGUAGUCCAUCCCUGAAUAGAGUGCACUUUAAUUUGUGAUAAAAUAGUGUAACCUUUUGCAGUUCCACAAAUUGUUAUUCUUGCAUCAGAUGCAAAUUAGAAGUAUUAAGUAAUAAUUUAGUUUUGAAUAAAUAAUCUCAGUAGGUACCGUAUAUAAAAACCUAGUAUUUUUUUGAUAAUAACUUGUCUAGUUUAUUCACCAAAAAUGAGAAUUUUUGAAGUAUACUUUAUAGGCACAUAUGAAAAAGGAUGAGAAUGAAUUUUUACUAUGUGCAUGCAUCAUGCAACAAAAUAUUUACAGGAUGAAAAAAAGGCUACAUACAAAUUAAAAUUAUGUAUGUACUUUUAAAACUUAUACUUAAGUGAUUUAUAUUGAAUAGUGGUUAUUUAUUGUGAAUAUUAGUGACAGAAAUUUUGUUUAUAAACUUGUUGAUGUGUACCUAUUUAUAAAAGUGAGGUUAUGUUCCCAUAUGUAUUAUUUAUUAGCAAUAAAAAUUUUAAAUUAUCA